UCCGCUAGCUCGAAGUCAACAUCGGAAAUUAUCCCUCACCAAAUGUUGUAAUCUUUUCGGAAACCUUUUGCAAAUGACAGUUUGAGAAGUGAGGUAUGCGUAUCAUUGAUUGUAUUUCGAGCUACUCUUUGUGGUGAAAUCAGCUGAAAGGAUGGGAUUCAAAGUCGAUUACGGGCGAGCUGUUCAGGCCUAACAUCAUCGGUUCAAGUCUCCUUGUUGACAGUUUGAAUCUUACCGGCACAUUACCAUAGCAACAACGCCAACAACCACGAUGCCUCCCUCGGUUUAUGACCUUUGGAGCGAAGAGGAGGUGACUACUGAGAUUGAGAUUACGUGUUUUCUACCGAACUCCAUCGUUAUUCCGCUGAAGUGUAAACGAGACGCAACCAUCACAUCAAUCAAAAGGGAUCUAUGGAAGCUCGCGGAGACUUACCCUCUUUACGGCAGCCUCCUCGACCUCAACUACUACAUCUUCCAGUGUAUCAACCAAAGUGCUGAGCAAGAGGAACUUCUGGAUGGAAAUCGAAAACUCUGUGACGUCAAGCCGUUCUGGCCCAUGCUUAGGGUCAUCCGUAAAGCAAGCGACGUUGAAGAGAAGGUGUUGAACUCCAAGAUCGGGCUGCUCAUUGGCAAAAGUUUGCAUGAAUGGGACAUGAUGAAAAACCCAGAGGUGGAUGAUUUCCGUCGUAACAAUCGACGGAUGUGUAUGACGAUCCAAAGACAACGAGCCUCCUGGGAGUGGGAGAGAAAAGCCCUGUAUCUCUAUCCGCCUCAAGUCAGUGCCUCCAGCGAGUUGCCUGAACACAUCUCCAAAAUCUUCAAAAAGAACAACAGUGCGUUUUAUGCUGAUAUUACCUUCGUCUCCAGUAAGGCCAAGCAGAAGUCUGUCCUCCCAGUUAGCUGUCAUGAUUACCCGUCCGAUCUCAUCAAGCGAGCCGUCAGGAAGGUCCAUCAGCAAGGCAUCGCUGAGGAUCAGUAUGUCAUCAAAGUGAGAGGGCGAGAAGACUUCCUAAUGGGCAACUAUCCUCUUAGUCAAUUUAUUUACAUCAGACAGUGUGUUAGUAAGGACAUAAGACCCGAGUUGCUCCUUCUCCAGAAGUCCGAGAUGAAAGUUGAGGAGAUGUUCAUCGAUCCGAUGCUCAACGCCCUCCUCCAGAAAGAGGAAGAGUCUCCAGUCAUUCCGGCCAAGAAGGGGAAGACGCUGAGCUGGGACAUCCACAAGGAGAAGAUCAGGGUGACCUUUCAUGGUGCUUUUAACGUCAACUUUGUUGAAAAAGCUGGGCUGCGUGUCCGUGCCGGGGUCUACCAUGGCGGUGAAGAGCUCUGUGAGAAGUUUUUCUCCAAGGAGGCAGAAGCGCCGGACCCGGUGUGGAACGAAGAGUUCUGCGCCGAUAUUGAAGUCAGUAACUUACCCCGUAUGGCCCGGCUCUGCAUCCUCAUCUGUUCUCUCAAUAAGAAACUCGCAAAGAACCUGUCUGAGAAGGAGAAGGCGAAACGGCUUAAAUAUCAGAAGAAGGAACUGAUACCCCUAGCGUGGGUCAACACAACGUUCUUCAACUACCAGAACAAUCUCCAAGCGGGCCGGAUCAAGUUCUACAUGUGGCCUGCGUCAGAGGACGUUGAUCUGAAUCCCCUUGGGUGUGUGGGUUCGAAUCCAAACCAUGAAGAUACAACGAUGAUCGAGGUUUCCUUCAGUACGUACAAGGCGGCACAAAGAGGGACCGUGUCCUAUCCACCUUUCGAUACGGUCUUGGAGAGGGCGGCCAUGAUUGCCAAGAAAGAAGAAAGGAAUUUUACGCACGAGUCAAUAAAUGACCAAAAGCUGGAACAGCUUCGCAAUAUGGUGGAGAAGGAGCCUCUGGAACCUCUGAGUGAACAGGAAAAUGAAGAUCUCUGGGCGGCCAGGCAAGAUUGUCGGGAUCACAUCCCGCAUUCACUACCCCGCCUGCUGACGUGUGUACGAUGGUCCGAUAAGGACUGCGUCGCUCAGAUGCAAGCUUUACUUCAGAUCUGGCCUGAGUUGAAGCCCGAGGAAGCAAUGGAACUAUUGGACUACAGAUACCCAGAUUUGUCCGUCAGGAAGUUUGCUGUAGAAUGCCUCAGCAACCUACACGAUUCCCAACUUUCACAGUAUCUCCUGCAACUCGUUCAAGCCCUGAAGUACGAAACACAUCUUGACUGUGAGUUGGGACAGUUCCUACUCAGGAGGGCAUUAGCCAAUCAGAGGAUAGGACACUUCUUGUUCUGGCAUCUCAGGGCUGAGAUGCACCAGGCAGCUGUAACGACAAGGUUUGGUUUAAUGCUGGAGGCAUACUGUCGAGGUAGCAUUGCACACAUGGCGGCUUUAAUCAGACAGGUGGAAAGCCUGAACAAGAUGCGGACAGUCAAUGAGCUGAUUAAGACCAAACACGCCAAAUCGCAGACCAAUUUUGACUUACUGACCAACAUGAGAGAGAUCUUAAACCAGGAGUCUUAUCAUGAAGCCAUGUCUAACUUCCUAUCACCUCUGUCUCCAUCGUACAAACUCAAGGGACUACGACUCAAGAAGUGUAAGUUCAUUUCGUCCAAGAUGCGCCCUCUAUGGUUGGUUUUUGAAAACAAUGAUCCAAUGGGAGACGACAUCUAUAUCAUCUUCAAGAAUGGAGACGAUCUCCGCCAGGACAUGUUGACGCUUCAAGUUAUGCAAAUCAUGGACAAUAUCUGGCAAGAGGAAGGGCUUGACCUCAGGUUGAUUCCUUACAAGACCCUAGCGACAGGGAACAAAGUCGGAAUGAUCCAAGUCGUGACAGAGGCUGAAACAAUCGCAAAGAUACAAAAGGAACACAUUGGUGCUACCAAAUUCAGCGCAGCGUUCCGCAAGGGGGCGCUGUUUGAAUGGCUGAAGAAACAAAACCCUACAGAGGCUCAAUUCACACAUGCCAUUGAGGACUUCACGCUUUCCUGUGCUGGUUACUGUGUGGCUACAUAUGUGCUGGGCAUCGGCGACAGACAUAACGAUAAUAUCAUGAUCAAGAAAACAGGCCAGCUUUUCCACAUUGACUUUGGUCACUUCUUGGGAAACUACAAGCGUAAGUUUGGCUUCAAACGAGAGCGUGUCCCCUUCGUGCUGGUCCACGACUUUGUACACGUCAUUACGCGCGGGAAAGGCAACAACACUACGACGGAGUUUGAAACUUUCCGGAAGUGUUGCGAGGAUGCGUUCAUGAUCUUACGCCAGCGUGGCAACCUCCUCAUCAACCUCUUUGCCAUGAUGUUAUCAAGCGGAAUUCCCGAGCUGUCCGAUGAGACAAUCAAGUACCUACGAGACACCCUCGUCUUAGAUCGCAGCGAUGACGAGGCACUGAAACACUUCAAAGGGAAGUUCAACGAGGCACUUAAGAACAGCUGGAAGACGAGUAUAGACUGGAUGGCUCAUAUCAUCGCACACGCUAGGGACUAGUUAGAAUACUCGGCCCUUGAGUACCUCCGAGUACAAUUUCAUGAGUACAUUUUUUAAGGAAUAACAUGAGUACAGAGCAAAAUUAGUGCAAGAACAUAGAGUUUAGACUAGUCCUAUCUCCAGUUAGGACGAGUUACUCGUCCGAGUAUAGCUUGGUGGCUCAUAUCAUCGCACAUGCUAGGGACUAGUUCGAAUACUUGACCCUUGAGUACCUCCGAGUACAUUUUCAUGAGCACAUUUUUAUAAGGUCUGAUACUUCACGGAGGCAACCGAAGGCGAUUGCCUCGAUGCCCCCUGGUCAUUGCCUAGGUGCCCUUGAA